CUUCCUUACCCCAAAGCGCAAUCUGGAUAUCCCACUCUAAAUCGCACAAAGCAAUGAACACCGAUACCCCCUCCCAAACUUCACAGCAGCGAAGUCGCACAUUUGCCAAUGACCCAUUACACUCCGCAGCGUACCUCAAUGGCAUCAAGACCUACCUUGCUAUGGGAACCCCAUUGCGUAGCACAAUACCAAUAGCCUCUGCGACCGCAUCCUUUCGCUUUCUGUAUCGUUAUGAACUCCGACGCGCAGGAACCCCAAGUACAGGGAUGAGGACGCAUGACGUAUAUAACUGCCCCGAGAACUUCCGCAGCUCAGUCAGUGCCGGCACUGAAGCCUCAGAACUCGUUUUUCUUACCGGGUAUCCAUCUAGGCAAUGGUUAAAAGAGAUUUCAAGCCAUUACAACAUUGACUUCCGGUUCUUACAGAGUCAUCUGGAUUUUUUGCCCGGAGCUCGGAGAGACUGGUUCCUUGGGUCCAGCAUCCCAUCAAGGAACAGACACUGUGCGCGUCUACUCAUCCCUUCGAUUGUUUUCUUUGAUUCAGAUGUCAGAGAAAUAUCUGUUCGAGAGUUGCAUGAGGCACGAUCUUCCUGCCACAUGAAGCUCAGAGAGAAGGUGAAGAACUUCUUCGGAGACUCGACGAUCCAGCAUGGACAGUCCAUCAUCAGGCGAAUCAACAUACAUUCCGGGGACAUGAUGGUGAUUGAGCAAGCUGUGUCAAUCUCUAUCAACAAUACCGCAUCCGGUCCCAGAGUGAUCGUGUGGUCCGAUGCAGGAGAUCCAGAGGACAGUAUCGUUACCCCUAACACGCCGCGAUUCCAAAAAUUGUCUUCGACGGCAGAUUUCUGCCCGGUAUUUUUCGACCGAGGAGUGCAAUCAGCAGAUGACACCAAUAUCACGACGUUCAAUGUAAGCGUCAAUGGUAAUAUAAUCCCUCGAACACUGCAACCGCUGGCUGUCCUACCAUCACGCUAUGGUGAGACAUUGGACUGGAACGAGGUAUCAACGGAUCCGCUCUCGCUGCUGGAAGAACUCUUCCGCUUUCAAGCGUCAGCUGCUUCUCAGUACCUCAAUAUGCUUCGCGAUCUGACGACAGAGAGGUUAGCUCAAACACCACCGACCGGCGAAACUUUACCAUCCAUGGACGAUAUCCUGCACCUCGACUACACAAAGACAGUAUUGAUCCGCUGGUCCGCACAUUUCAAAACGCUCGUAGGUGUCCUUAACGACCACGUAUUUCACGUUGAAGCGAAGUUGCUCAAAGACGACGACCGACGCCUGAAACUCAAACUCAGUCUACUGAAGGACUUGGAAUUUCUCCAGGCUGAGGCCGAAACUCUGAUCACAGUAUGUGACAGUGGUAAAUCGACCAUAAUGAACCUCUCAACAGUCUUCGACUCAAGACAGGCCGCGAAAGACUCAAGCUUAGUAACUGAAUUGACCAAAGCAACGAAUCGAAUAACGUUCAUAUUCCUACCGAUAUCUUUCGUAACCUCAGUCUUUGGUAUGAACUUCAGACAAUUCGGUCAAGGGCCUCUGAGCAUCACAAUCUGGUUUGCAGUCGCGCUCCCCCUUCUCAGUAUCUGUAUUUUCCUUACUGAACGCAAGGCCUGGUUGAAAUCCUGGAGGAGCCUUUUUACUACACGAACCAAGGCUAGUGGUGGACUCCAGGCUACUGGACACCGUUGAGGACGAUGCAAGAGUAAUGUAGGUAGUAGACUUCCAACAUAUAGAGAUGUGCGGCAAACGGAAUGCCCCGAUUGCCCGUGCAAUUUAUU